GUGUCCUGGGUCCUGUCUUUUCUGCCAAGCACACAUUGCUGAGUUAUUGAUCAGUGCAUCAACUGACAAUAAAUCAAAAUGGUAAAGACAAACACCACCGGCAUCCGCCGGGGUACACGGUACAUGUUUUCAAAGGGAUACAAAGAACAUGGAGUUGAGCAUCUUAGCACAUAUAUGACACUUUACAAGAGAGGAGACUAUGUUGACAUCAAGGGAAAUGGUGCCUUCCAAAAGGGUAUGCCCUACAAAGCAUAUCACGGCAAAACUGGUCGCAUUUACAAUGUCACACCUCAUGCUGUUGGUAUUGUAGUGAACAAGCAAAUCAAGCAUCGAAUUAUUCCAAAGAGAAUCAAUGUACGAAUUGAACACAUCAAGCCAUCAAAGUGCAGGUCCGAUUUCUUAAAACGAGUAGCAAAGAACGAGGAGUUGAAGAAGGCAGCAAAAGAGACUGGUGAAAGGCUGAACCUUAGGCGACAAGCAAAGCAACCCAGACCUGGACAUUUUGUCUCUGCCAAGGGAAACCAACCUCAAGAUGUUGAGCCCAUCCCAUAUGAGUUCAUUGCUUAAUUAGUCGCUUGAAACUUGUUAAAGAAUUUAAAAUGGACUGAAAAUAAAUAUUGUCAAAGAUGAAGUAAA